AUGAGAGCCAAUUGUUCCAGCAGCUCAGCCUGCCCUGCCAACAGUUCAGAGGAGGAGCUGCCAGUGGGACUGGAGGUGCAUGGAAACCUGGAGCUCGUUUUCACAGUGGUGUCCACUGUGAUGAUGGGGCUGCUCAUGUUCUCUUUGGGAUGCUCGGUGGAGAUCCGGAAGCUGUGGUCGCACAUCAGGAGACCCUGGGGCAUUGCUGUGGGACUGCUCUGCCAGUUUGGGCUCAUGCCUUUUACAGCUUAUCUCUUGGCCAUUAGCUUUUCUCUGAAGCCAGUCCAAGCUAUUGUUGUUCUCAUCAUGGGCUGCUGCCCGGGGGGCACCAUCUCUAACAUUUUCACCUUCUGGGUUGAUGGAGAUAUGGAUCUCAGCAUCAGUAUGACGACCUGUUCCACCGUGGCCGCCCUGGGAAUGAUGCCACUCUGCAUUUAUCUCUACACCUGGUCCUGGAGUCUUCAGCAGAAUCUCACCAUUCCUUAUCAGAACAUAGGAAUUACCCUUGUGUGCCUGACCAUUCCUGUGGCCUUUGGUGUCUAUGUGAAUUACAGAUGGCCAAAACAAUCCAAAAUCAUUCUCAAGAUUGGGGCCGUUGUUGGUGGGGUCCUCCUCCUGGUGGUCGCAGUUGCUGGCGUGGUCCUGGCGAAAGGAUCUUGGAAUUCAGACAUCACCCUUCUGACCAUCAGUUUCAUCUUUCCUUUGAUUGGCCAUGUCACGGGUUUUCUGCUGGCACUUUUUACCCACCAGUCUUGGCAAAGGUGCAGGACAAUUUCCUUAGAAACUGGAGCUCAGAAUAUUCAGAUGUGCAUCACCAUGCUCCAGUUAUCUUUCACUGCUGAGCACUUGGUCCAGAUGUUGAGUUUCCCACUGGCCUAUGGACUCUUCCAGCUGAUAGAUGGAUUUCUUAUUGUUGCAGCAUAUCAGACGUACAAGAGGAGAUUGAAGAACAAACAUGGAAAAAAGAACUCAGGUUGUACAGAAGUCUGCCAUACGAGGAAAUCAAUUUCUUCCAGAGAGACCAAUGCCUUCUUGGAGGUGAAUGAAGAAGGUGCCAUCACUCCUGGGCCACCAGGGCCAAUGGAUUGCCCCAGGGCUCUCGAGCCAGUUGGCCACAUCACUUCAUGUGAAUAGCAGGGACUUGCUGGCUGGACUGGCCCCCUUCUUUUUCAGUGGCCAGUAAAGACAGUGUGCAGCUGACACAUGAAUCUUGUUGGUAGGGCCAGUGUGAAUAUUUAAGUGUUCAAUGUUAGAAUAUUUAUAUUUUCAUGUGGAUUGUGAAUUGUGAUGGGAUCACUUUUGGAGAUUCCCAUUUCAGGGAGUUUCUUCUGGGGGUUAACAUAACGUAUCAAUGAGCUGCCUUGUAUGUUCUUGUCUUCCCAUGCAGCAAAUAGUACCUGGCAGUAGGUAAAAAUCCUUCAUUAGGGGAACUUAUCCUUAUGUUGUGGAUUUUUUUUUUUUUUUUUGAGACAGAGUCUUGCUCUGUUGCCCAGGCUGGAGUGCAGUGGCACAAUCUCGGCUCACCACAACCUCUGCCUCCUGGGUUCAAGUGAUUCCCUUGCCUCAGCCUCCCAAGUAACUGGGAUUACAGGUGCGUGCCACCAUGCCUGGCUAAUAUUUUGUAUUUUAGUAGAGAUGGGGUUUCACCAUGUUGGCCAGUCUGGUUUCGAACUCCUGGUCUCAAGUGAUCUGCCGGCCUCAGGCUCCCAAAGUGCUGGGAUUACAGGCGUGAACCACUGCACCCAGCCACGUUGUGGAUUUUAAUUGAACAAGAGUUAGAACUCCAAGUAGAGGAGAUGUCACCUCAUACUGCAGGGUGACGCAGACCUAUGUGACUUCUUGACUCUGGGCAGGUCCUCAGGUGCACUGAGAGGAGAACAAAUGGCUCUUAUAAUAAAUGGGGCAGUUUUCUCAAAUGAUUACUAUUUUUAAGAAAUUGAAAAUCAUUUUGAUUAUAGAUGUAACACAAACUUGGAAAGAAUUUAAAACACACAUAAGGUUAAUAAUGGAAUGCCCUGUAUUUUCACUCUCUAAAGAUUGACACAUAUGGUUGGGCACAGUGGCUCAUGCCUGUAAUCCCAGCACUUUGGGAGGCUGAGGUGGGCAGAUCACCUGAGGUCAGGAGUUCAAGACCAGUCUGGCCAACAUGGUGAAACCCCAUCUCUACUAAAAAUACAAAAAUUAGCCAGUCAUGGUGGCAUGCACCUGUAAUCCCAGCUACUUGGGAGGCUGUGGCAGAAGAAUCACUUGAACCCAGGAGGUGGAGGUUGCAGUGAGCUGAGAUCACGCCACUGCGCUCCAGUCUGGGUGACAGAGUAAGACUCUGACUCAAAAAAAAAAAAAAAAAAAAAAAGAAAGAAAGAUAGACCCAUGUGUAUCCUUCUAAGCUGUGUAUGUAAACUGUAUCAUUUUAAGAACCUUGAGAUCAUUCCAUAUAUUGUUUUGUAAGUCACUUGAUGACACAUUAUGGAACAUCUUUGAGUGUCAGUCUGUGUUGACCUACCUCAUUCUUUAGUAUAGUAGUGAUGUGGAAGUAUUCUAUUGUGUGGAAGGACUGUAAUUUAUUUAACCACUCCUUAUUCAUGGACACUUAGAUAGCUUUCAGCUUAACAGUGUUACAGUGCUGUUACAAACACUUUUGCCUUUAGGUGCAAGUAUUUCUGUAGGCUCACUUCCUGUGACUUGAAUUUCCAAGCCAAUUGCUUACCGAAAUGUAUGACAGAUUGCUAUCUGGCAACGUCGUACAGCAGUGCCUGAGAGGGCCUGGUUUCCCACAGUCUCACCAGUCAAAUGAAUCAUCAAUUUUGAUUGGUUAAAACAUCUCAUUUAAAAUUUCAUUUAGGCCGGGCGAGGUGGCUCACGCCUGUAAUCCCAGCACUUUGGGAGGCCGAGGCGGGUGGAUCACGAGGUCAGGAGAUCGAGACCAUCCUGGCUAACACGGUGAAAUCCUGUCUCUACUAAAAAUAAAAGAAAUUAGCCUGGCGUGGUGGCGGGCGCCUGUAGUCCCAGCUACUCUGGAGGCUGAGGCAGGAGAAUGGCGUGAACCCAGGAGGCGGAGGUUGCAGUGAGCCGAGAUCAUGCCACUGCACUCCAGCCUGGGCAACAAAGCGAAACUCCAUCUCAAAAAAAACAAAAAACAAAAUUUCAUUUAAAAACUGAGUGAACUAGAGCAUUUUUCACAAUCACUUGCCAACUUAUGUCCUUUGCCUGCUUUUCUAUUGUAUCUUUUCCUUUUUGAUGUAUAGA